UUCUUAUGAUUGUUCCUGACAGAGGAUUUACUUUCAGAGGCCCUGCUAAGGAUAACCAAAAAAGGGCAUGCAGCAAGACAGCCCUGGCAGCCCGCACGGAUUUUCGGAGGCUUUUUAGGUCUGGGUUUUUUCGCGACGAGCGGCUGGCCGAGCAUGCCUGGGGAAUGACAGGCAUCCCUGCAGGCAGGCUGAGCCCACCUUGCCCGCUCCCGGCCAUUGGCUGCCCGGCGGGAUAAAUCCGGGACAAUGCGUUCCGCCCGCCCGCUGUAAACACCGCCGAUGGGCGCUCGCUUUUUUGGGAGGGGCCACGGCGGAGCUGCGCUUUUAUUGAAUAGGGCUGCGCCUUUCCCCCGCCGCCCCAGUUGUUAUUCGCUUCCUUCCUACUCGCUGAGAGCUUCGCAGCCAGAGUGCCUGUGGUAACCAUUGGCUUACUCAGAGAAUCCCUUGGGAGCUGAAGAGGCAGCAUCUUCCACGCUCAGGGCAUCAUCUCUGAGAUCACCUUGUUUUUUUCUGGAGUCAUCAUUUUGAUUCAUCAAGCAGCUGGUUUGUUACUGAAAACCUCAGAAUAUUUCCUCUGAUUGCCUUCCUAUUUGGAUCUUUCCAGAGCUUGGGACACUUGAACACCCACCAUGGAUGACUUUGAACGCCGCAGAGAGCUCAGGAGGCAAAAGCGUGAGGAAAUGCGCCUGGAAGCAGAGAGGCUGUCCUACCAGAGAAAUGAUGACGAUGACGAGGAAGCUGCCAGGGAGCGUCGCCGGCGGGCUCGGCAGGAGAGGCUGCGGCAGAAGGAGGAAGGAGAUCUCUCGGGAGAGGCAACAGAGAAAUCCGAGGUCAAUGCCCAAAACAGUGUGGCAGGGGAGGAGAGCAAGCGUUCCACAGACGACGAGGCGGCGUUGCUGGAGAGGCUGGCGAGGCGGGAGGAGAGGCGCCAGAAACGCCUGCAGGAAGCCCUGGAGCGCCAGAAGGAGCUCGACCCCACCAUCACAGAUGGCAGCUUGGCAGUGCCCAGCAGGAGGGAAGUGAACAACCUGGAGGAAAACGAGAGCACGGGCAAAGAGGAGCGGGCUGAGAAACGCCGAGGGCGCUGCGAGGCCGAGGAGACGGAAACAGACACCAAAUCCUACCAGAGGAACAGCUGGAGGCAAGAUGGGGAAGAAGAGGGGAAAAAGGAAGAAAAAGACAAGGAGGAGGUGCAGGAGGAGAAACCAAAGGAGAUCCCCGUAGAGGAAAAUCAGGUAGAUGUGGCAGCAGAAAAACCCACAGAUAAAGGAGAGGCAGUAGCUGUAAAUGCAGAGGAGCACAAAGCAGAGAAUGAUACAGAUGCUGUGCCAGAAGGGACCCCAAGUGUAACUGAUGCUGUAGACAAAGAGAAGCUUAGGGAUGAGGAAAAGGCUGAGGAAGAAAGGAAGGAAGCAGAAGAAAGGGAGAGGUUAAAAGCAGAGGAAGAAAAGAGGGCAGCUGAGGAAAAACAGAAAGCAGAGGAAGAAAAGAGGGCAGCUGAGGAAAAACAGAAAGCAGAGGAGGAAAAGAGGGCAGCUGAGGAGAGGGCAAAGGCAGAAGAGGAGAAGAGGGCAGCUGAGGAAAGAGAGAGGGCUAAAGCAGAAGAGGAGAGGAGGGCAGCUGAGGAAAAACAGAAAGCAGAGGAGGAAAAGAGGGCAGCUGAGGAGAGGGCAAAGAAAGCAGAGGAAGAAAAGAGGGCAGCUGAGGAAAAACAGAAAGCAGAGGAGGAAAAGAGGGCAGCUGAGGAGAGGGCAAAGGCAGAAGAGGAAAAGAGGGCAGCUGAGGAGAAGGCUAAACUAGAGGCAGAGAAAUUAAAGGAAAAACAAAAGAUGGAAGAACAGAAAAUGGAAGAUAAACAGGUAAAAGAGAAGAAAGUAGAAGAUGAAAAACCUCAAGCAGCUUUCUUAAAGAAACAGGAGGAAGAAAAAGUGGAAGCUAAAAAGGAAAAGCUGCCAGAAGAGAAGCUCCAAGCUACCUCGGUAAAAGAUCAGGUGAAAGAUGACAAAGGCAAAGCACCCAGAGAGGAAAUGAAAAGUGUCUGGGACCGUAAGAAGGGCGUUCCUGAGCAGAAGGCACAGAAUGGAGAGCGUGAGCUGCCUGCCUCCAAGCUCAAACCCACUGAGAAUGCUUUUGGGCGCUCCAGUCUGAAGGGGAGCUCGGAGGAGGCGAAGCCGGGCGCGGAGGCUCUGAAGAGGCUGGAGGACCAGCGGCGCCGCCGCGGCGAGAGCGAGAGCGAGGAGCUGGAGAAGCUGAAGGAGAAGCAGCAGGAGGCGGCCGCAGAGCUGGACGAGCUGAAGAAGAGGCGGGAGGAGCGCCGGAAAAUCCUGGAGGAGGAGGAGCAGAAGAAGAAGCAGGAGGAGGCUGAGAGGAAAGUCAGAGAGGAGGAGGAAAAGAGGAGGAUGAAGGAAGAAAUAGAAAGAAGAAGGGCUGAAGCUGCUGAAAAACGCCAGAAGAUGCCAGAGGAUGGUGUGUCUGAAGACAAGAAGCCAUUUAAAUGUUUCAGCCCUAAAGGUUCAUCUCUCAAGAUAGAGGAGCGAACAGAAUUUUUGAACAAAUCUGCUCAAAAGAGUGGCAUGAAGCCCCCCCAGACAACAGCAGUUGUCUCAAAGAUUGACAGUAGACUUGAGCAAUACACUAGUGCAAUUGAGGGCACAAAGGCUUCAAGACCAGCUAAAGCUUCUGACCUUCACGUUCCAGCUGAGGGCGUCCGUAAUAUCAAGAGCAUGUGGGAGAAAGGGAAUGUUUUUUCAUCACCUUCUGGAGCAGGAACACCAAAUAAGGAAACUGCUGGGCUGAAGGUUGGUGUCUCCAGUCGUAUCAACGAGUGGUUGACCAAGACCCCAGAGAGCAACAAAUCCCCUGCUCCAAAACCCUCUGAUUUAAGACCAGGAGAUGUAUCUGGCAAACGUAAUCUCUGGGAGAAGCAGUCAGUGGAGAAGCCAGCUGCUUCCUCUAAGGUAUCAGCUAUGGGGAAAAAAUCAGAGACUAAUGGUUUGAGACAAUUUGAGAAAGAACCGUAGAAGGACACUAAAGACGCUGGACCAAUCAAUUUGGGGGGUGGGUGGGAAAAAAGGAAAAAGUGCUAAAUUGUUCUUUUUAUAUUUAUGUUUAUUUACCAAAAUGUCUUUUUGCAUUAUCCCAGUUAAAACCAUGUAUAUUAGCACUGUAUUUAAUAAUCAGUCUAGACAUUCAUCAGAAUAGUACUGCCUUUGCACAAGAGCCUUUAUUCCUAGAGAAACCCAUGCUGUGAAAUAUAUAGACUCUCCUACUGAUAGUCAUGGAUAUGUAUCUGAACAGUGAUUUCAGCUGGCAUUAGAGGUCAACCCAAAACUCAUGUAAAGUGAAGUUGCUUGGGAAAGG